CGUCAACUGUACAACAUCUCGAAGUCUACGCGUCUGCAACAGAAACAUUCUAACCGAGCAGAAAUUAGCAUCAACGGCUGUAGACAAAACAGGCUGUCAGCUUCUAGGCUUUAUACAAUCUGCUUCGAGGACAAGCAACGCAGCGGUCUGAAGCGCUCCAGAACUCAGAAAAGUUGCUCCUCCGCCUCUUUUGCCGUCCACUUUUCCGCACGAUCUGUCACUGCUCGUCAUUUGAGCCAACAUUCUGACCUAUUCUCGUGA